UGCCGGAAGUCCACGGCCGCUGUCUGGUGGUGGCUGCUCUCCUUCGACCACGCCUGAGACCCGCCGAAGCCGAGCACCAUGAACCGCAGCCGGCAGGUGACGUGCGUGGCCUGGGUCCGCUGCGGCGUGGCCAAAGAGACGCCCGACAAGGUAGAGCUAAGCAAAGAUGAAGUAAAGCGUCUCAUUGCUGAAGCAAAGGAAAAAUUACAAGAAGAAGGUGGCAGUGAGGAGGAGGAGGUGGGCAGUCCUUCUGAAGAUGGCAUGCAAAGUGCCCGCACACAGGCACGAGCAAGGGAGCCCCCGGAGGAUGGCGGCCCAGAGGAGGACCGCACGCUAGAUGACGAUGAGCUGGCUGAGUAUGACUUAGACAAAUACGACGAGGACGAGGACCCAGGUGAGAAUCCAGUUGCGCUGCUUUGUCGUCCCAGGCUCAGUGCUUGUGGAUCCCCACUUCAGGAAGUGUUGGCUCGAAACCCAGUGCCUCCGGAGUUUCUUUUACAUGCUCUUCCAUUUCUAAAUAUGAAUUCUUUUUCACCAAUCAUUACAGUUUAUAACCAAGACGAAGACUCUUUCUAUGUACACCAUGACAUUCUCCUGUCUGCAUAUCCUCUUAGUGUGGAGUGGCUGAAUUUUGAUCCUAGCCCAGAUGAUUCUACAGAUUCACCAUGUGGGCACAUCAGCUCGUACCCCAGGAGCUCCGCCCGCCAGGCCGCCUUUCUCUUCAGCGCUUACUUCUCAGUGUCCCCUGUGUCAUCUCAAAGGAUUGUGCUGUGCUUGUUCUUUCAGGCUAGCACGGAUGACGGCUUUGUUUAUAAUUUGGAUGCCCGUUCAGAUAAGCCAGUUUUUACACUUAACGCACACAAUGAUGAAAUCUCUGGUCUCGAUCUGAGCAGUCAGAUAAAGGGCUGUCUUGUGACCGCUUCAGCAGACAAAUAUGUGAAGAUUUGGGACAUCUUAGGAGACAGGCCAAGCCUCGUGCAUUCCAGGGACAUGAAAAUGGGAGUUCUCUUCUGUUCGUCUUGUUGCCCCGAUCUGCCAUUUAUUUAUGCUUUCGGAGGUCAGAAAGAGGGGCUUCGGGUCUGGGACAUCAGCACUGUAUCCUCAGGUAAGAAUCUUGAGUGUCCUCCUCUCUCAAAGGGCCCUGAAAGUACCAACCCAGAGUGCCUGGCUUGCAUGUGUUCAGAUGGCUGUA